CUGAGGCAGCUGCUAAUAGCUGCUAAUAAUACUCCUUUAAGUAACAUAACCUACACCGAAAACACAGAUUCACAUAAUAUUGAAUUUCUACCCACUACAUCAAACGCUGCUGCAACUAGGAAAAAGGUCCGUACAUUGAAGCCUGGAGAAUACCCACCACCAAAAAAUGUUAGCGAGAAAACACGUCAUAAAGAAAAUAAGCGUCAAGUAAAAGUAUUGUUUCCUUCAACAAGUAGAAAAAUUUGCUGUUUUGUUUGUCACCUUUGUAAAAGAGAUUCCUUAAGUUUAACAGAUAUGAUAAAAUGCAACGUGUGUAAAAAUUGGAUUUGCUUAUCAUGUAGCGGUACAGAUUUUUUCGAUUAUAUUUGUUCAAUUUGUCUUGAUCCAGAUGAUUAA